CGCCUUAAAACUUCCCCCAAUCUCAUUCUGGCUUUAACAAUUCCACCACCGCGCUUAGGGUUUUGAAUUGCCGAUCCACCACCAUGGCUCAGCAGCAGCAGCAGCCGCCGGUCCCGCCGCAACUCCCGACCGCCGGCUCCACCGGCCCCGUCGGAGGCGUCCAGGUGCGGUGCGCCGGCUGCCACAAGAUCCUCACCAUCGCGGCCGGGGUCACGGAGUUCGUCUGCGGCACGUGUCAAUUGCCGCAGAUGCUUCCGCCGGAGCUGAUGAGCCGGGCCCAGGCACAUAACAAGGGCACGCUUGCUCUCACUCCGCCGCGGCCGCCGCACGUGGCCGCGCACGGCGUCGAUCCUACGAAGAUCCAGCUCCCCUGCGCCAACUGCAAGGCGAUCCUCAAUGUGCCUCACGGACUCUCUCGGUUUCAGUGCCCUCAGUGCCAUGUUGACCUCGCCGUCGAUGUUUCCAAGCUCAAGGAGUUCUUGCUGCCUCCGCCGCCUCCUCCCGAGGAGGUCAACGAGGUUGCCAUUGAAGUGGAGCGAGAAGAAGAUGAAGGUGGCCAAGCCGGGGAAACGUUUACCGAUUAUCGGCCUCCAAAACUGUCCAUUGGACCUCCUCAUCCAGAUCCCGUUGUGGAAACAUCAUCCCUGUCUGCGGUGCAGCCACCUGAGCCAACUUACGAUCUCACAAUCAAGGAUGAUUUGGAAAAUAAAAAAGCUUUAUCAUGUUUGCAGAUUGAGACUUUGGUUUAUGCCUGUCAGAGACACCUCCAACACCUUCCAAGUGGCGUUAGGGCUGGAUUCUUUGUUGGAGAUGGAGCUGGUGUGGGUAAAGGUCGAACAAUUGCAGGGUUAAUUUGGGAGAAUUGGCACCAUGGGAGGAGAAAGGCAGUGUGGAUUUCUGUUGGUUCAGACUUGAAGUUUGAUGCAAGAAGAGACUUAGAUGAUGUAGGUGCAACAUGUAUAGAAGUUCAUGCCUUGAACAAGCUGCCAUAUUCUAAGCUUGAUUCCAAGUCUGUUGGCAUCAAGGAGGGAGUUAUAUUCCUCACAUACAGCAGCCUUAUAGCAUCUUCUGAGAAAGGUCGAUCACGCAUGCAACAGCUUGUGCAGUGGUGUGGAUCAGGAUAUGAUGGUCUUAUCGUCUUUGACGAGUGCCACAAAGCCAAAAAUUUGAUUCCUGAAGCUGGAAGUCAGCCGACACGAACUGGUGAAGCAGUUCUUGACAUUCAGGCUCGACUGCCUGAAGCUCGGGUUAUUUAUUGCUCAGCAACUGGUGCAUCAGAACCACGCAACUUGGGUUACAUGGUUCGGCUUGGUCUUUGGGGGCCUGGAACAUCUUUUUCUGAGUUCCGUGAAUUUCUAGGAGCUCUUGAGAAAGGAGGUGUUGGUGCACUUGAACUUGUUGCCAUGGACAUGAAAGCCAGGGGUAUGUAUGUGUGUCGUACCCUUAGCUACAAAGGAGCAGAGUUUGAAGUUGUUGAGGCACCACUAGAAGACGAAAUGAUGGAAAUGUACAAAAAAGCAGCUGAAUUUUGGACAGAGCUGCGAGUGGAAAUACUAACAGCUACUGCCUAUCUCACUAAUGAAAAGCCUGCUUCUAGUCAAGUCUGGCGAUUAUACUGGGCUAGUCAUCAGCGUUUCUUUAGACAUAUGUGUAUGUCCGCUAAGGUGCCUGCUGCUGUAAGACUAGCUAAGAAAGCAUUAAUGGAGGACAAGUGUGUCGUAAUUGGCCUUCAGAGUACUGGAGAGGCACGAACUGAAGAAGCUGUGACCAAAUAUGGUCUUGAACUUGAUGAUUUUAUUUCGGGACCCCGAGAACUGUUGCUGAAAUUUGUAGAAGAAAACUAUCCUUUGCCUGAAAAGCCUGAUCCUGUCACAGGGGAAGAAAGUGUAAAGGAGCUUCAACGGAAGAGGCACUCAGCCAGUCCUGGUGUUUCGAUGAAAGGGAGAGUGAGGAAAGUUGCAAAAAUGCAACUGCCAAUUAAUAAUGAAAGUGAUGAAGAAUCUGAAUCUGAUUCUGCUGUCGAAUCAACAGAAUCAGAUGACGAGUUUCAAAUCUGUGAAAUUUGCAAUGCCGAAACGGAAAGAAAGAAAUUGCUCCACUGUUCCUGUUGUGGCCAAUUUGUCCAUGCGGAAUGCCUUAUCCCACCUGUGAUAGAUGAGGUAUCAGAAGAUUGGUCAUGUCAUUCGUGCAAGGAAAAAACAGAUGAAUAUCUUCAAAAGAGAGAGCAGUACAUAGCUGAUAUGAAGAAGAGGUAUGAAGCAGCUUUGGAGCGUAAGUCAAAAAUUCUGGGGAUAAUUCGUUCCUUGGAUCUUCCAAACAAUCCUUUGGAUGAUAUCAUUGAUCAGCUUGGAGGCCCUGAUAAAGUAGCAGAAAUGACAGGAAGGCGAGGUAUGCUUGUGAGGGCAUCUAACGGAAAAGGUGUUACCUAUCAAGCUCGAAACACGAAGGAGGUUUCCAUGGAGAUGGUUAACAUGCAUGAGAAACAGCUUUUCAUGGAUGGCAAAAAGUUUGUUGCUAUAAUUUCUGAGGCUGGGUCAGCUGGUGUUUCUUUGCAGGCAGAUAGGAGAGCUUUAAAUCAGAAAAGAAGGGUACAUCUAACCCUGGAACUUCCUUGGAGUGCUGAUCGAGCGAUUCAACAGUUCGGAAGAACUCACCGAUCAAAUCAAGCUUCUGCUCCUGAAUACAGGCUACUCUUUACUAACCUUGGUGGAGAACGGCGGUUUGCAUCCAUUGUUGCAAAGAGAUUAGAAUCUCUUGGAGCCCUAACUCAGGGUGAUCGCAGGGCAGGCCCAUCAUUGAGUGCCUAUAAUUAUGACAGUGCGUAUGGAAAGAAGGCAUUGAUAUUGAUGUAUAAAGGAAUAUUGGAGCAGGAUGCUCUGCCUGUUGUACCACCAGGAUGUUCAUCUGAAGACCCAGACACAAUCCAAGAAUUUAUUGAGGAGGCAAGAGCUGCUCUUGUGUUCGUAGGAAUAAUUAGGGAUGCUAAAGAUUCUGGCAAGCUGACUGGCCGUGUAGCCGAUUCAGACAUGCACGAUGUAGGACGUUUCCUCAAUCGGAUUUUAGGAUUGCCUCCUAAAGUACAAAAUAGGCUGUUCGAGUUGUUUGUUAGUAUUUUGGAUCUUCUUGUCCAUAAUGCACGCAUUGAAGGGAAUCUUGACUCUGGGAUUGUUGAUAUGAAAGCUAAUGUUAUAGAGCUACAAGGAACUCCAAAGACUGUCCAUGUUGACGAAAUGUCUGGAGCUUCAACUGUGCUUUUCACUUUUACCCUGGAUCGUGGCAUCACAUGGGAGUCCGCAAGUGCCAUGCUUGAAGGUAAACAAGAGGAGGGGCUUAGUUGUGCCCAUGAUGGGUUUUAUGAAUCUAGAAGGGAGUGGAUGGGGAGACGCCAUACUAUACUAGCCUUUGAGAGUUCUACUUCGGGGUCAUAUAAGAUAGUCCGUCCUGCAGUUGGAGAGUCAGUGAGAGAAAUGUCUCUGGCUGAGCUAAAAAGCAAAUACCGGAAAACAUCAUCGUUGGAGAAGGCUCACAGUGGUUGGAAAGAUGAAUAUGAUGUUUCAUCCAAACAGUGCAUGCAUGGUCCCAAGUGUAAGAUUGGCAACUUCUGUACUGUUGGCAGAAGGCUGCAGGAAGUAAAUGUAUUAGGUGGUCUCAUUCUUCCUGUAUGGGGCACUAUUGAGAAAGCUCUUUCUAAGCAGUCCCGGCUAAGCCACAGGCGGCUACGUGUUGUGCGUAUAGAAACCACAACAGAUAACCAGAGAAUUGUUGGUCUCUUUGUCCCCAAUGCAGCUGUUGAAUCCGUACUUCAAGAUUUCGCAUGGGUUCAAGAAAUUGAAGAUUCACAGUAGCCUUGUUGUAAAUUUUGCCGAGUCAGUUCUAUAUGCUGUGGUAAUCUUGGAAACACAAGAACACACUUCCAGAAGGAUGGCAAAAGCCAUUUACCUUUCAAAUAGUAUGACAGGGGGAUUUUUCUGCACCUUUUAUUGAACGGUGCACAUCAUUCAUUUUGAUUUAUUUUUUUAUCAACUUCCCUUGUCUCUAUUUUUUGCCUUGUAAUUUGUAUAUCAACAACAUUGUAAUUGAAGGCAAUGAUCUAGGUUAUUAGGUUAUUAGGCUCCCUGUGUUAUAGAACUGAUUUGUAACCCUAUCAUAAUACAGUUGUUAUUUAAACGGUAGAUGAAAUAGAAAAUCUAUUUGUUUGAGUUUCUUUC